AUGGAGGGGAAAGGACCAGGUGGUAAGAGAGCGGCUGGAGUUAGAGGAGGAAAGUUCACAGGUUCCUUAAGGAGGAUGAGCGGCUCCUUUAAACGUGCAUCACUUAAGGGCUCUUCGUCUGGUUCUCAAAAGGGUCAAAAGGCUUGGAUAGAAAAAACAUUUUCCAAAAGAGAAUGCAUCUAUUUAAUUGCCAACAGCAAGGACAGCAACAGGUGUUGCUGUGGUCAGCUCAUUGCCCAGCAUAUUCCAGUUCCUCAAAAUGUUACGGCUAACAAAACUGGGGAUGAGAGCAAACAAAUAGAAGCUGUGCCUGAAAAAUGGUCUAUAGGUAAACACACCCAGGCAAGCCCCACCGACGCUUUUGGAGUUCUGGAGUUCCAGGGUGGGGGACAUUCAAACAAAGCCAUGUAUAUCCGUGUAUCUUAUGACACAAAGCCUGACUCUCUGCUUCACCUUAUGGUCAAAGAAUGGCAACUGGAACUUCCUAAACUUUUGAUCUCUGUCCACGGAGGACUCCAGAAUUUUGAAAUGCAGCCAAAAUUAAAACAAGUGUUUGGGAAAGGACUUAUCAAGGCAGCCAUGACAACUGGGGCCUGGAUAUUCACCGGCGGUGUCAGUACAGGUGUAAUUCGUCAUGUAGGAGAUGCCUUGAAAGAUCAUUCAUCUAAGUCCCGAGGACGAAUAUGUGCCAUAGGAAUUGCGCCAUGGGGUAUAGUUGAGAAUAAGGAGGAUCUUCUGGGAAAAGAUGUGACGAAACCUUACCAAACAAUGUCCAAUCCCCUGAGCAAGCUCUCUGUACUGAACAACACUCAUACACACUUUAUCUUAGCGGACAAUGGAACACUGGGGAAGUAUGGAGCAGAAGUUAAGUUACGGCGCCAACUAGAAAAGCAUAUCUCUCUCCAGAAAAUUAAUACACGAUUAGGGCAGGGUGUGCCGGUGGUUGCCCUCAUUGUUGAGGGAGGUCCUAAUGUUAUAUCCAUCGUCUUGGAAUGUCUGCGGGAGGAGCCCCCCAUUCCUGUAGUGGUUUGUGAUGGAAGCGGACGAGCUUCUGACAUCCUGUCUUUUGCACAUAAGUACUCAGAAGAAGCAGGGGUAAUCAAUGAAUCCCUCCGUGAUCAGCUUCUUGUUACCAUCCAGAAAACAUUUAACUACAGCCGUAACCAGGCUCACCAGCUGCUAGUGGUUCUGAUGGAGUGUAUGAAGAAGAAGGAAUUGAUUACUGUAUUUCGCAUGGGAUCAGAAGGUCAACAAGAUAUUGAAAUGGCCAUUCUAACUGCUCUUCUAAAAGGGACCAAUGCGUCAGCUCCUGAUCAGCUAAGCUUGGCUUUGGCCUGGAAUCGUGUUGAUAUAGCACGCAGCCAAAUCUUUGUCUUCGGACAUCAGUGGCCGCCUUUAGGAAGCCUUACAGCAGCCGAUGGUUCUGCUCAGGACAAAGAAAAGAGAUCUCCAGCUGCCCAAGCCAAAGCACCAAGAGGGAAGGGCAAAGGCAAGAAAAAGGGGAAAGGAAGGGAAGAACCAGAGGAAGAAACUGAUCCAAGGAAAAUUGAGCUGCUUAACUGGGUUAAUUCCUUGGAACAGGCUAUGAUGGACGCCCUAGUACUGGAUCGAGUGGACUUUGUGAAACUUCUCAUUGAGAAUGGCGUUAACAUGCAGCGUUUCCUCACAAUUCCUAGACUAGAGGAGCUUUACAAUACAAGAUUGGGACCUCCUAACACAUUGCAUUAUCUUGUAAGAGAUGUAAAAAAGGGUAAUCUUCCACCAGAUUAUCAUGUCAGUUUAAUUGACAUAGGUCUUGUUCUUGAAUACCUCAUGGGUGGAGCAUAUCGCUGUCACUAUACAAGAAAAUCAUUCCGCACCCUGUACAAUAACCUAUUUGGACCAAAGAGGCCAAAAGCUCUUAAGUUGCUAGGAAUGGAGGAUGAUGAGCCUCCUACUAAAGGGAAGAGAAAGAAGAAGAAAAAGGAAGAAGAAAUAGACAUUGAUGUGGAUGACCCAGAGGUUAGCCGGUUCCAGUACCCCUUCCAUGAACUGAUGGUGUGGGCAGUGCUGUUGAAACGUCAAAAAAUGGCUCUCUUUCUAUGGCAGCGUGGGGAGGAGUCCAUGGCUAAGGCUCUUGUAGCUUGCAAGCUAUAUAAAUCCAUGGCUCAUGAAUCUUCAGAGAGUGACUUAGUAGAUGACAUCUCCCAGGACCUAGAUAACAACUCAAAGGACUUUGGACAGCUAGCUGUAGAGUUGCUAGAUCAGUCUUAUAAGCAUGAUGAACAGGUCGCCAUGAAACUCUUGACUUAUGAGUUAAAAAACUGGAGCAACUCUACAUGUUUAAAGCUUGCUGUUGCUGCCAAACAUAGAGAUUUUAUCGCUCACACCUGCAGCCAGAUGCUCUUAACAGAUAUGUGGAUGGGACGUCUUCGCAUGAGAAAGAACCCAGGCCUUAAGGUAAUAAUGGGGAUUCUUCUGCCACCGACCAUUCUGUUUCUGGAGUUCAGAUCUCAUGAUGAUCUUUCAUUUCACACAUCCAAAGAGUAUGAAGAAGGAAAAGAGAAAGAAGAUGAAAACAUGGAUGGGAACGCUGAUGCUACCUCUAGGAAGGGCGAUGAAGAAAAUGGGCAUAGAAGGCAAAGGAGUAUUCCAAUAGGAACUAAAAUUUAUGAAUUCUACAAUGCGCCUAUUGUCAAGUUUUGGUUUUAUACAAUUUCCUAUUUAGGAUAUUUACUGUUGUUUAAUUAUAUCAUCUUGGUGAAGAUGGAACGGUGGCCUUCAGUUCAAGAAUGGGUGGUAAUUUCAUACAUCCUGACUCUGGGUCUAGAGAAAAUCCGAGAGAUUUUAAUGUCUGAACCAGGAAAGCUGAGUCAAAAAGUUAAAGUUUGGCUGCAAGAAUAUUGGAAUAUCACUGAUCUUGUGGCCAUUUCCAUAUUUUUAAUUGGAGCCAUUCUCAGACUACAGAAUCAGCCUUAUAUGGGAUAUGGCAGAGUUAUAUAUUGUGUGGAUAUAAUCUUUUGGUAUAUCAGAGUACUGGAUAUAUUUGGUGUCAACAAAUACCUUGGACCUUAUGUCAUGAUGAUUGGAAAAAUGAUGAUUGACAUGCUGUACUUUGUGGUCAUCAUGUUAGUGGUGUUAAUGAGUUUUGGAGUUGCCCGACAAGCCAUCCUGCACCCAGAUGAGGAGCCGUCAUGGCGACUUGCCCGCAAUAUCUUUUACAUGCCUUAUUGGAUGAUCUAUGGAGAAGUCUUUGCUGACCAGAUAGACCUGUACGCAAUGGAGAUCAAUCCUCCUUGUGGUGAUAACCUGUAUGAUGAAGAUGGGAAACGUCUUCCUCCAUGUAUACCUGGCGCUUGGUUAACUCCAGCAAUUAUGGCUUGUUAUCUUUUGGUGGCAAAUAUUCUUCUAGUAAACCUAUUGAUUGCAGUGUUCAACAAUACAUUUUUUGAAGUCAAGUCAAUUUCAAACCAAGUGUGGAAAUUCCAGCGCUACCAGCUAAUUAUGACUUUCCAUGACCGGCCUGUUUUGCCACCUCCCAUGAUAAUCUUCAGCCACCUAUACAUCAUCUUGAAACGCCUUUGCUGUCGCUGCAGGAAGAUUCAAGAAGGAGAACUAGAUGAGCGUGACAGAGGAUUAAAGCUAUUUCUAAAUGAUGAAGAGUUGAAGAAACUAUACGAGUUUGAAGAGCAGUGUGUGGAGGAGUAUUUUCAAGAAAAAGAGGAUGAGCAGCAGUCAUCUAAUGAUGAGCGCAUUAGGGUUACAUCAGAAAGAGUAGAAAAUAUGUCCAUGAGGUUGGAAGAAGUGAAUGAAAGAGAGCAUUUUAUGAAAGCCUCACUUCAGACUGUAGACCUUCGACUUUGUCAGCUAGAAGAACUUUCAGGAAGAAUGGUAAAUGCUCUGGAAAAACUUGUGGGCAUUGACAAAUCAGAACUAGUUCAUGUACGUUCACGUGCUUCUUCUGAAUGUGAUGCAGCCUUUCUCCUCAGACAAGGAAGUGUAAAUAGCUCUGAUGGCAACAGUAUAUAUAAAUACCAAGUGGAUGCAGAUGAAAUAGCAUGUGAUAACAGCACAGGGUCUAUAUCGCCAGCUCUAAGGUUGCGCAGGAAGGCUUAUUCAUUUGGAAUGAAAACUGAGAAAGAAGAUGGUCAGAGGACACAACUGGUUCCACAACGGCAAGCAAGUCUGCGUUUUGAUUCAAGCACUAAUGCUGUUGCAGCAAAAGAUUUUAAUAAACUUACCUUAGGAAUUGUUUCACAGACCACAAGACCUAUUUCUUGUAUGGAUAUUUGGGCUCCAGAAGAUGAAAAGCAAAAUUUUGACAUCAAAGAUCUAAGUAGCCAAGACAAAAAUGACACAGAUGUAGUCAUGAAUGGACAGUCAGUAUCUGAAGUUACUAAGGCUGAUUUUUCUAACUCUCAUCUGACAGUGGAAAGGACAAAGUUGGAAGCUACUAUAUCUUACCCCUUAGAGAAAUCUAAAGCUAUGCGCUACUAUCCAGGUCAAUCUGUCAAUGCUUGUCAAACAACAAUGACUAAAUCUAGAAGUUUCAUAUUUACACAAGCAGGAACAUUGGUUGGUGGGGUAAAUAACUGGACUACAGAGUAUAGUACAAUCAUGGAUCAAAUGUGUCCCUCUGAAGACUGGGUAGACAAGUGGAAUUAUGAAGCAAAUGAGUCUCACAAGCCCAGUCCAGAAAUUCCAAACGUUGUAUCAGACGCUCAGAUCCAAGCAGAGUUGAAACCUUUGUUAACAGACACAGGAGAUGACUGUGACGUUGGAGAAAUAGGAAACAGUGCCUCUUAUCCAUGUGCAUUUUUUUCUGAAAGGACAGAGAAAGACAAUCUACUGACCGUAAAGUCAGACAGAACUUGUGGAUUUUCUUCUCCAAGAUCUAAAAGUUUACAUAGCCACUCUAGAAAUACCCGUUCAUUAAUGGAUAAGCUAGAGAGACCUGGACAUGCAAGUAGUGUUAUGAACAUUGUAGUGGCAUGUGGUAGUGCAGUAGAGGAUACAAAAAGAAAGCAAGAAAAUGCCUCCACUGAAACAGAGUGUUAA